AAGGUGUAAAAAUUAGUUACUCCAUCUUAGAUAUUUUUAUCCCAAAAAAAAAAAAAAACGAGAAGAAUAACUAACUUUUAUUUGCUUGAUUUAUCGAGGGCUCGAGUCCUAUAUUCCCGUUUGAAAAAUUUUCUCAGUUGUGAAUCUAAACUGACGAAAUCGAGGGCGAGGCAUGACGUCAUCACCGACGUGAACUGAUCUCCGGCAACCGCCUGCUCAGCCACCACCCGUCGUUGUAUGGAAUCGCCGCAGCCUGCGACCUACGCUUCCUCUACCGAGUUAGUCAGCAAGCGCCGCUCCUCAAAUAGUUUCGUAGCUCAACAAUGAGGACGAGCCUUUUCAGCCGCCGGACGAUAAGGCAGGGAGCGAUGUCCGCCGUCGGAUCGGCGAAGAUGAAGCUAAUGUUUGGCUGCUGCGUGCUGUUGACACUGAUCGCGCUCGCUAGCCGCACGACGUCGUAUGGAGGGUGGAAGCAAUACGCUGUUUAUCCGCGCGGAUCAUCUCUGCCUCGGAAAGGGUACACCUUAUUGAUUAACACAUGGAAAAGAAAUGAUCUUCUGAAGCAAUCCAUAUCCCAUUAUGCAUCUUGCCCUGGGCUUGAUUCUAUACAUAUUGUUUGGAGUGAACCCAACCCUCCUUCGGAGUCUCUUAUCAACUUUCUAAAUCAUGUUAUAAAGUUGAAUUCCAAAGAUGGCUGGAAAGUUGAAUUGAGAUUUGAUAUUAAUAAGGAAGACAGCUUAAAUAACAGAUUCAAAGAAAUCAAGGAUUUGAAAUCUGAUGUGGUCUUCUCAAUUGAUGAUGACAUUAUAUUCCCCUGCGCCACUGUAGAAUUUGCUUUCAGUGUCUGGCAAAGUGCACCUGAUACAAUGGUGGGAUUUGUGCCUCGUAUUCACUGGGUUGAUAAAUCGAAAAAUGGUCAGGACGCGUUCAUCUAUAGCGGAUGGUGGUCUGUCUGGUGGACAGGAACAUAUAGCAUGAUUCUCUCCAAGGCUGCCUUCUUUCAUAAGAAAUAUCUCAGUACGUACACCUAUGAGAUGCCAUCAUCCAUCCGAGAAUAUGUGACCAAGAACAGGAAUUGUGAAGAUAUUGCUAUGUCUUUCCUUGUCGCAAAUGCCACUGGCGCUCCUCCUAUUUGGGUGAAAGGUAGCAUUUUUGAGAUUGGUUCUAGUGGAAUUAGUAGCUUGGGAGGGCACACCGAGAGAAGAAGCGAGUGCGUGAACCGGUUCGUGGCUGAAUACGGGGGCAUGCCCUUGGUGUCGACUUCAGUUAAGGCGGUAGAUAGCCGUUUUUGCUGGUUUUGGUGAUGCUGCAGACCAUUCUUCUCUUCAUCUCUGCAUUGCGUAUGUGCCAAUUCUUGCUAGCUAGCUCCCACGCAUGUAUCAUUAUUGUCAACCAUAGGAGGCUCCUUACCCCUUUUUUUUCUCUUUUAAAAUGUUUGUUGUAUCAAUGUACAAUUUUGUGGGUUGCAAAUCGACCUUUUAGUAGGUUCUCACUUGUACCAA